UGGGCUAAACCGGCAAGGCCUAUCGCCAUGAUCUUUUCCACACUUUGGGCAGAUGAGGCCAUCCCGAUUUUGGUGAGGUUGUUCUCCUUGUUCAUGCCCCAAGUCAUGAUUAUUGUUGCUGCCAUUGAAAUGAGCAGAAAAGUCAUCGCCUUGUUGGUUCCAGUGCUGUUGCUGACCGUUAGCUUUGAAGUCCUUACCUUGAGGAGAUAAACUCGAUCGAAACUUGGUUGUGUAGCCUCUCGACGACUUGCUCAUGUCACCGUUAACUUCUUCGAAGAUUCAUUUACUAGCUGACUCUUAUUGACUAGUUUAGCGAAGUUCCUGAUCUCAAUUGGACCGACAAAAGCCAGAAGCUCCUCUCUGAAUCUCCCUUCAAACUUAAUACACUUCCAUUCUUCAAGUUCGGUGGGGACUCCCGGACGGGCCUUAGAGAAGCGACACAGAUCCUUAGACUCGCGAGUGUACUCAGCAACCAAUAUAUUCCCUGUCUUAGCUGCAGCAGCUCAAGCUCGUUUGCACUACGGGCCGAUUGAGGAAAAUAUUUCUUAUAGAAUGCUGUCCUAAAGUAGGCCCAGUCCCAGACAAAAAGGAACACAUGAAGAAAGGAAGGAAGACAAGCAUGGCGAGGGAGAUGAGAAAGCAAAUGUCGCGGUGAUGAUACCCAAAGGAACUUUGCAAGGUUAAGUGUGAGUGGUUGAAACAAUAAAAAUGGCAUUGUGCCUUCCUUGUCAAUUCAGUAAUAACAAACUAGUCAGUGACUUAGGUUCCAGCUUUCUUUCCGGGACAUCUUCUUUGUCCUGUUCCACCUUCAGAAAACAAAAGGAACAUAAUAAUGACCUCAGCAACAUCUCGAUUUCGAUUUAUUGCUCCUCAGUCAAACAUGUACGUGACACUGGUCUUGAUAGGCGUGUUCUUUUGAAGAAUAAAACUCGGUUUGUUCAAAAGCUGAAAACCUUACUUCUUUCUAAACCAAAACAUUAUCUUCCUGUUCACAUUCUCUCUAAAUGCUGGUCUUAUCUUACUCUUUCUACGCCUCACUCCAUACUUGCUAUGAUCCAUCGGUACCCUUCUAUAUUUGAACUCUUCACUAUACCAUGGCCACCUAAGCCACUCAAUGCAACAAAGUUAUAUCCUCAACUAUGUGUGCGUCUAACUCCAGCUGCUGCUGCUCUUUCUGCUGAGGAACUCACUCUUCAAUCCUCCAUUUCCACCACUUUGGCAACCAAACUCCAGAAGCUUCUUAUGUUAUCAUCUCACUACCGGUUACUCCUAUCAAAGUUGGUUCACCUUGCUCCAGAUCUUGGUCUUCCUCCUAAUUUUAGAUCCCGUUUGUGCAACGAUUUUCCAGAUAAAUUCAAGACUGUUGAAACUUCCUAUGGCCGUGCACUUGAGCUUGUAUCUUGGGACUCAAACUUGGCAAAGCCUUUACCACCUCUUGCAUUUCGUUCUCCUGAUUUAAUAGUUGAUCGGCCUUUAAAGUUCAAACAACUAAGACUUAGAAAAGGGCUUAACAUAAAGAGACGUCACCAGAGUUUCUUGCUAAAAUUUGAAGAAAUUCCGGAAUUGUGCCCUUAUAGGAACCCUGUUGAUUCUUUAGCUAAGGUAUCAUUGGAAGCAGAAAAGAGAUCUUGUUCUGUAGUAAGAGAGGUUCUUGGGAUGAUGAUUGAAAAGAGUACUUUAAUAGACCACUUGACCCAUUUCAGAAAGGAAUUCGGUCUCCCAAACAAGUUGAGAGCAAUGAUUAUAAGACAUCCGGAAUUGUUUUAUGUGAGUUUGAAAGGGCAGCGGCACUCCGUUUUCUUGGUAGAGGGGUUUGGUGAGAAGGGUGAGUUAUUGGAGAAGGAUGAGAUAUUGUUCUUACGCAAUAAAUGGAGGGACUUAGUUAGGGAAUCAAAGAGAAUGAGACGAGAACGAAGAAGGGGCAGGAUUGACAAGUUUCUUGGUGGUUUCAGUGAUACUGAUGAAAAUAGUGAGGACGACAUUGAUGUUGAUUAUGAUGACAAUUUUGAUAUUGAUAAUUUUGAAGAUGGUUAUGAUGAUGGUUUUGAGGAAAUAUUUGAAGACUUGGAUUUUGAGGCUAAGCAUGAUGACCAUAGUGGUUUGCUUGCCCAAAAUAUGAAUGGUGAAUUUUGGACGGCAGGACAUUUUCCUAUUCAAACUGGGGUCGAUGAAGAACAAGUGCAACCUUGGUAGGAAUAUUUAAGUUAUAAAAGGCUAUGGUCCAUGGAUUCUACCUUGCAUGUCCCAUAUUACAAUUGGAAGUACCUGCUUUGUACUUGACUUUUCGCUUUAGUUUUUACAGUAUCAUUCACUGUAAAAUUAUGGAUAUAAUACAAAUCAAAUCAAAGCAAAUCAAAUAUUGGUUCCAAGCUUUUAUACAUGCCUUUGUUUC